AUGAACGACCUCCAGAAGAUCGAUGAUCAGGUGAGGCAUGACGAAGAGGCGUUGGCCUUCGUGCCCACCAAAGACAAGCCGAGCUUUGUUACUCAGGACUUGCUGUCCCCGGUGCUCGGCAGUGCGGUGCUCCUCCCUUAUGCUGUCAGCUUCGUCGGGGUCGUAGCUGCCGCGAAUCCUUCGCUGGAGAAGAGCUUCCCGACUCUGCUUGCUUCACUUCUUUUCAGCCAGGGCAUGACCUCUCUGGUCUUCUGGCGCUGCUCGCAACACUGCGUUUGCACCAACGUCGACCUGCUCCAGGCGGCUUACUUGGCCGCCAUGGGCCGGGCGCUGACCUACGCUGGGGUCCCGAGCGACGCGCUCUUGUUCCAUAUCUUCCUCGCGCAAGGGCUCAUGUCACUGGUCAUUGGAAUUCUGAUGUGGACGGUAGCAGAACUUGAUGGACUGUACUACAUGCGCUUUUUGCCAUACCCUGUCAGCGCAGGCUUCGUCAGUGGCAUUGGGAUGAUGAUCUUCGAUGGCGGCUUGGAACUUGGAUGUGGCCAGGGCCUCCUUCAGUUGCUUGCAGACCUCCUAACCGCUGCCCAAUCUCUGGAGGUGACACAUGCUGGGAUUGCCCUACUUCUCCGGCUUUGCCUGACCCUGGUCGGUGCCGGCAUUUUCUUGGGGCUCAAGGAGGUUCUGGAUCACUACGCCUGGGGCAGGGCCAUCCGUCUUCCCCUUGGCCUAGCAGUGAUCAGCUCAGUUGUCUAUGGCUUCCUCUACCUCCACCCACUGAGCCUGGAAGAGCUGCAGUUCUGGGGCCUCUUCAUAUCUGGGCUCCGGCCCGAGUCUUGGGUCGUGGAGUGGGAGCUCCUGGGUUCCGGCUUUGGAUCCUUCCAUGCACGGGCCUUUUUCAGCCAACCCUGUAUCUCUGUCUUGGUGUCCUACGCCGCGCUCAGCACGCUGGCCUUCACUUUCUAUACAGUAGGCUUUCAGGACAUGGCCAAGGAUCCAGAGAUAAAGCUCGCCAAGGAGAUCCGCCUGCUGGGGAAGACGAACAUCGCUCUGGCUCCUUUCGCAGGUGUCCCAGUCUCACAUGCCAUUAAGGUAUGGGUGGUCAUGCGGGAUGCAGGGGCCAAGACGCGGUGGUGGGUGCUCCUCUUCUCCGUCUGCUACAUGGCCUUGUACUUCGACUCCACACUGCGAUCAAGCCUCAGCUUCAUUCCGAAGUGCGCCUUUGGGGCCUUGGUGGUGUCCUUGGGUUUCGAAUUCUUGACAACCUCAUUGGUGGAAUCACGGGAGCGCAUCGCCGCCACUGAGUGGCGUGUUGUCGUGGCGACCUCUGUCAUAACCUACCUCAACGUCCUUCUCGGCAUUCUUUUCGGUGUAGUUCUCACCACCGUGUUUUUCAUGGUGGAGUACUCUGGCAUGACAGGUGUGACGCAGAAAGCCACACUGUCGGAGGUGCGCUCGCAUGUCGAGCGCGACGAUGAACAGAACCAGAUCAUUGACACUUAUGGACGGCAAGUCGCAGUGUUUUGGUGUGCUGGCUACAUCUUCUUCGGGACAGCCCAAGAUAUCGUCGAAGAGCUGCAGGCAUCGCUGGAUGCAUCCCCGUCCACACGCAUCCUUAUUCUUGACUUCGAGCAGGUCCCAGCUGUAGAUGCAUCGGGAGUCCAGGCCUUGGUCAGCUUUGCCGAGAAGUGCCAAAGGCGACGACCGGCUGUCACCCUUGCGAUCAGCGGUGUCGUGCGCCGCCUGCAGCUGUCCUUGGACAGAUGUCUGCGCGCCUGUCAGGUGGAGAUGAAGAUCAGCUCACACCGCGUCGAGAAGAUGCUGGAGUGGGCUGAGGAGUGGCUCCUUUCAGGUCGCGAGAAGGGAAGAUUGAAGUCGCAACGCUCAGAGCAUCAGCUGCUGGCAUCGAAGUUGGCAGAGAAGGUCCCCGCAACGAAAGAGCAAGACGAGAAGGAGCUCCUGCACUUCGUCAGCGAGUUUUUGUUGGAGAUAGCCUCAACAGCCAAGGCGGAGGAGCGGGCGGCCGUUGGUGAAAAACUAGCGAAGUUCGGCAGCAAGUUGAAAACUUACCGAAACGAAGAGCAACUCUAUGCGGAAGGUCAGCAAGCCAAGGACCUGACUUAUGUCUUGAGCGGGUCGGUGAGCAUCGUUCAGAGGAUCAGUCCGGACGAAGCCUUAGCUUACAAGGUGCCCAGGCACCAUCUGAAUGAGGAGAAGGGUGAUACCUUCGCCUUUGAAGAAGAAUUGGAUAUCCGCGUUCGCAAGCUGACCCAUGGAUCAGUGCUGGGGGCACUUGAGUUCGGCGCUUUCUGCAGCGGCAGGGCUCCGACUUGGCAUGCCAGUGCCUGUGCGGCGCCAGAUUGCAUGGUGCUGCGCGUGCCAUUCUCGACGCUGGAGUCUGCGAUGGCCUCGAGCCAGUCCGUGGGAAAUUCGGUAAUGCAGUGGCUGUUCAAGUUGGCAUCCAUUCAGGUGCUGGACGUUUUGCAAGGUCCAGACCCUGCGGGAUUUGCCGCUUUCAUGGAGGUACAACAAGAACUUGCCGAAGCAUUGGCAGGCUGGUCUUUGUGGGAAUACGAGUUCGUGCACUGGCGUUAUCACAAACGGCAUGCUGGCGGGGACGAAUUCGACCAACUUUACAACGCCCACAGAACGCCAGAGUACCAGCACCUGGCAUGUCCCGCGGUCCCUUUGGCGUACCGCUUCUGGUCGAAUUUCCCAACUUGCGCUCCGUCGCGUCUUCGAGACCUGGCGCGCUUCACUGAUGCAUAUGUGUCCGGUAUGACCGUGGACAACUGGCGGGCGAGUUACCGGGAUUUUCUCAGCGAGGACUACAACUACAACGUCUCGCACUUUGCUGGCGGUGACCCAACGUAUCGUCUGUCCAAGGCAAACCGGGCCUGCAUGGGCUGUUGUCUGGAGAGAUUUCGCCUGGAUGAGACAAUCCCAGGGAUCCGCCAUGUGGUGAUGCUUCUUGACUGGAUGGUUAAGGGAGCAUCAAGCCCUGCGGGGUGUGGUUGA